UAUAAAAUAAAAUACAACUCAAUUAUUAUUAUUCUUAUAUACAUAUAUGUAGUGUGUUUUGUGUUCUCUGGUCAUUGGCGUUGUUGUGUUGGCUGUCCACUCUUUUUUAUAAUUUCUCUCUCCUUCUUCGAAUCUUCUCCACAAGGAGAGAGAGAAAGAGGAGAGAGAGAGCCAAUAUUUCGAAAUUCUUUUCAUUUGUCAAACAUUGAUUUUCUCGGAGAGUCUCAUCGUGUGAAUCGCAGUAUUAACAUUGCUGGUUCGAUAAUUUUUUUGCAGAUUUGGGUUGGAGAGAGAGAGAGAGAGAUCUGACAUUUCGACAAUGGAGAAGCUCAGAACUGGGUCUCCGAUGAUGGGUUUCUCAGAUUCCUCUACAGAUCCUAAACAAGUCAAACGUUUGAUCUAGAAAUACUCUGUCGAAGAAUCACAGCAAAUUCAAAUUCAAAAUCACAAACCCAUCUCAAAAACACAUUACCGACACGAAAUCAAAAGAUGAUGCGAAUGACGACGGGAAGUUCACCGGCCAACGGCGGCGGAGAAGGAGAGUGGGAGCUUAGGCCCGGCGGAAUGCUGGUUCAGAAGCGAACUGACUCCGAUCAACACCGCAUCCCACCGCCCACCAUCCGAGUCCGAGUCAAAUUCCGGUCCAUUUACCACGAACUCAAUAUCAGCUCUCAAGCCACUUUCGGGGAAUUGAAGAAGAUGAUAACAGAGCCGACAGGGCUGCACCACGAGGAUCAGAAGCUGCUGUUCAAUAACAAGGAGAGGGAUUCAAAAGCCUUCCUCGACGUCGCCGGAGUUAAGGACCGGUCGAAGAUUGUACUUGUUGAGGACCCAAUUAGUAAGGAGAGAAGGUACCUUGAGAUGCGAAAGAAUGCCACGAUGGAGAAGGCUUCCAAAUCGAUCUCCGAUAUCAGCUUGGAGGUUGAUAGGCUUGCAGGCCAGGUGUCUGCGCUUGAAUCGGUAGUCACUAAAGGUGGGAAGGUUGCAGAGAAGGAUUUGUUGAAUCCGACUGAACAGUUGAUGAAUCAACUGCUUAAACUGGAUGCGAUAAUAGGCGAUGGGGAUGUCAAAUUGCAGAGGAAAAUGCAGGUGAGAAGAGUGCAGAAAUUAGUUGAGACUCUGGACAUGUUGAAGAUCAAAAACUCGAUGUCCAUGAGCAAUGGAAGUCCAAUUCCACAGCAACAACCACCAUUUCACCAACAGAGGUACUCUAAUGAGCAAACGCCAUCACCAAAUCAACAGCAGCAACCGAGACAUUCUGUGGGGCAUGUGCCACUACACAAACCGCCCCAGAUGUCACAGUCAUCAAGGCAUUCAAUGUCUGGACCGGUCGUCAUAACCACACAAUGGGAGACGUUUGAUUCGGGAUUGGCUAUGGCGCCGGCCCAGACUUCAACAUCCACAACUGCAGCCAGUCCUAAAUUCAAUUGGGAUUUGCUUCUAUAAGUAGUAAGUGAACCAAGUAUAUCUACAUGUUUUAGUGUGCGUGGAUGAGUGUGUUUUUUUGGAUUUGUAUCAAGUUUGGUUUGGUAUAUGUAUCCUCCAUUCUUUUGUGUACUUAGAUUUUGUUAGCAUAUAUACCCUUUUUUACGUGUCAAUUCUGUUCAGAAAAUAAUUGAGGUUACUUUCAUAAGGGAUUAAUAUCAUUGUUUAUCCUCAUUCAAGUCAAUGCCAGUGGAUGUUUUCUGGCAUUGAUGGUGAUGUAUCAAUAUCUCUAUGUAGAUUUGUUAUUUGAGAUGUAUCAUAAAUUUCAUUU